AUGAAUGCAAAUCUUCCUGUGGGUCUUUUGACCCAGCCGCUUAUACCUAGCCCCAUGACGAACUGGAUACUGCCUGCACGCAUCAGACACAAAAACAACAACGAUGUGGUGUUUGUCGGAGAACGUGGCAUUCAGAUUAAGGAGGCUCUUCACAGUGGUCAUCUUGAAGAUGUCGUGGAAAAGACAGACUUUGAUGGUCUACCUCUUGGUGCGAAGGUCAUCAAUGUCAACACGCGACUGCCCUGGGAGACCCAGUUGUCGCCAUCAAGUCCCCAGGACUCUACCCACAAUUUUGAAGACCUUCCACCUCAAAUCUUAUUCAUGGCUACUGAUGCGAAUGAGCUUCACUUCAUGUAUUGGUCCUAUUGCAGUGGUCAAUUCGUGUCAUACUGUCGACCUUUGCCCCGCGACGUCAACGUAUCUGAGAAAUUCGGUACGCACAUUGCUGUUGAUCCUAAAUCGCGUGCAGUUGCUGUCAGUGCAUCACGCAAUUUCUUCGCCGUGCUUUGGUUAGAUCAUCCUACCAAGAUCCAGAGGCAGAUGGCCCACGGAGGGCUUGAUCCCAUAAUAAAGGAAAAAUUCUUACAGGUGGACGGGGACAUCUUGUUCAUGGAAUUCCUUUACCCUAAGGCACUUGAUGAUAAGCGCACACUUCUCCUCCUCAUUGUUCAUCGAGAUGAAGCAACAAGCGCUAUGGUUUUUGAAUGGGAUGAAACCAGCAUCCAGAGCAACUUCAAUCCCAAAACGACCACAACUCAGUUCCCCCCGCAAGACUACCUACCAACCAUGGUCGUCCCCCUAGCGAAGGAAUCUUCGUACCUCUUGAUUACCACAAAAUCGAUGGCAAUGUACACGCCUGAUAGCUCAUCUCGUCCGAUGAGAUAUCCACCAAUCAUCCCUGACACUGGUGCUCACCCGAUUGGGCUCUGGACUCGCUGGGCCAGGCCUUCUCGCAACUGGUUAUACAGCCAGAAAUACGAUGCAAUAAUCCUCUGUCGGGAAGACGGUUGGAUCUAUUAUCUCGAGUUUGGUAAUGACGGGGAACUAGAAACCCAAACCUCACUGGGCCAGCUCCACUGCGAUGUCGAUACAGCAUUUGAUGUCCUGGACAUGGGCUUUGAAGGUGGUGAUUUCAUUCUGGCGGCUGGAAGCCAAGGUGACGGGGGUCUCUUUGUUCAGGAGGCACGAGAUCAUCCGAGAUGUGUGCAAAGAUUUGUCAACUGGGCACCCGUCACAGAUGCAGUUGCAGUGCCAUCAGGUAAUCAAGGUGUCAGUGGAUUGGAUUCGACUCAUGAUCGUCUUUUCGUCUGUUCAACCUCCGCCUCCGGUAAUGGGGCCAUAACUGAACUUCGACACGGCGUCGAGGCCCGGAUCGGUGUCUCUAUUUCGAUUGAUGAACUACCCGCGGUUCAUGACAUGUGGGCGAUGCCCUACGGAGAAAUGUCACAGAUGUUCCUCUUGGUGUCUGAUCCGAUGUCGUCUAUGAUUCUACAGACAACAUCUGAUCUGGCCAACGGAAUUGAAGCUCUUCCCAAUGAAAACUGCUGGGGUGAUGAAGAAACCCUCGCAGUGGGCUGCACUCCUCGUGGCGAUAUUAUCCAAGUCACAAAACGCGGCAUCUAUGUUUUCGGACCGUAUGAAUCUAGAUUAUACCAAUUUGUUUCACAUGGUCCUGAAUCCGUUGUCACAGCAGCCACUGUCGAUGGGUCGAGUCUCAUAGUUACCAUGGCUAUCAGAUCCAACGAGGGAAACUUCCUUCAGGUCGUUCGACUGAACACGGAUCUCACUGCGAAUGAAAUUUUCCACCAUGAUCAGCCCCAUCGACUGGAAAAAGAGGCCAUAUCAAUGUUCUAUCAAAGUUGGGGCUCGGUCGGGCUCAUCUUUUUGGGAACCAGUGAUGGAACGGUGCUAUCAUUUGAGGUUUAUGACUCCCCUGACGCACUCAAACGACUCGCGGACACUCAUGUUGUAGUCGAGGCAGGGGAGGAUGUCUCAAAAGCCAUCUCAAGUAUUGCUGUUAUCCGCGCAAUGUCCAGUAAUGGACUCCACGGGCGUCUUUUCUGCGGUUUGCGGAGUGGCAUACUUGUCUCUUUUGAGAUGGAGCUUCACGCCAACGGUUUGCGAGGCCUCAAGCAAGGAACGCCAAAGCGGCUUGGGCAAACUUCAAUAACCCUCCAAGCCCAGGAGGAAAUUGCUCUUUUUACAUGUGGGGAUGAUUUCUGGCGAGUGUCAUUCUCACCAGGCCUCGUCAAUCCUGACUAUGCUUUGUCUCGAGUGUUUAUCACCGACCAAAACCGACCUGCAUUCUGCCCGGCAAAUAUUUCAACAUUCUCCCUGGUCAACACGAAUGAUCAGUACUCAGGAGUCACAUGUGCAUCCUUGUUCUGUUGGGCAAACGGCGAGCUCCUUGUGUGCUCCCUUGAUGCAGAGGACAAGCCAAUCCCCCGUCGGAUCGAUAUUCCAGGAAACCCAAACAAAUUAACCUACUCAGAACAUCUUCGAAGCCUCAUUGUCUCUUACACUGUUGCUCAAACCAGCCAUAAAUCGCCUCUUAAUGUUGUCCGGAAGUCAUUUAUCGAAUUCGUGGACCCAGAUACUCAAAUCCCUGUGGCUCCGGUUGAUGAGCAAAUGGUUGCCGAAGGCCUAGCUCCAUGGAGGCCAAGCAGCAGCCCUGGAGAGAAAGUCACCUGCCUAUUCGAUUGGAUGCCCCAGAAGGAUGGCAAUGCGUAUCACCUCGUUGCGAUCGGAACUUCCAUUCCUACGCCUCACAACCCCACCGACCGCACUGGCCGUGUCUUACUAUUACAAGCAUCCAGAGAUCCCAACAAUCCCUCCCAAAUCACUUGUGUAGACAAGCAUAUGAAGCUUUGCGCUCGUCCAGUCACUGCUAUGGCAGCAUACGCCGAUACCCUGAUUGCUGCAUCUGGGAAAUCAUUUCUAACACUUGCCUCGAAAAACUCGCAAGUCGGAUGGGUCCGCACUAUCGGAGCUCGACUCCCUUCCCAGGCUGUCUCCUUGUCUGUUCAUAAGAAUCUCAUUUACGUCACUACCGCGAGGAAUUCCUUGUUAGUCUGCAAGGUGGAAGCUGGCGAUAUCUCGGUCAUCGACUCUCAUUCUGUCGCGCUCGAUGGUUUGUCACAUUCAUUUGUUACUAGCCUUGAAGGGCGCCCAAAUCGGGCCUUUGUUAGUUCCCGUGGGGGAACUGUCCAGGUCUUCUCAGAUGAUUUGCCUGUGAAUGCCCCUGGGGAUCGCUCAACGGUCCGGUUCCCCGUUUCAAUCUUGAGACUUGUUCAAGGCUGCAAGUCCCCAUCUUCACUGGCAGCUAGGGGCACCAUGUAUGGGUUCGCUAUCAAUGGGGCAAUCUACCGGCUGGUAUCCCUGACUGCUGAUGAGUGGACUCUUCUCGAAGCCUUGGUCCUGCUAUGCAUGAGUGACAAACGCAUGUGUCCAUCUUUAGCCCGCAGGAAUCGUUUUGCUAUCGCUGCCUCCAAUCUCCAAGAUAACCAUCACAUUGAUGGUGGAAUUCUCGCCCGUCUUCUUACUUUCGACGCGGACGUUCUGAGUGAGAUGCUUCUCAACUGCACCAGGGGAGAGAAUGAAAAGGUGCAGCCUGUGGUGGCAGAAACAGUUCAACAAGUGGCCGCCAAAUUGCUAAGUCUCACUGAUGACUAUCCUCGGGCUGUUUUCUCCUGGCUUUGGGACAUGCUGCGCGUGGAAAUUUGA